AUGACGCCGAUCAUCAGAUCCAUUCCCGUUCUCGCUCUCUUCGCUUUACAGAUCUGCUUCAUCUUCUUUGCUUCCUCUCUCCCAUGCUCUUCUGGGUCUGAGGAUACUUACACCAUCACUGGUAGAGUGAAGAUUCCACCAAGCAACGUGAUUGGUCACACAGCAAAGUUCUCAAAUGUCAAAGUUAUACUCAAUGGUGGACAGAAUGUUACGUUUCUCAGGCCUGAUGGAUACUUUACUUUUCAUAAAGUGCCUGCUGGGACUCAUUUGAUUGAAGUCUCUGCAAUGGGCUACUUCUUUUCUCCGGUACGAGUAGAUGUUAGUGCUCGGCAUCGUGGAAAGGUUCAAGCAACACUAACAGAAACCAGGAGGAGUCUUACUGAGCUGGUUUUGGAGCCAAUGAGGGAAGAGCAAUACUACGAGAUUCGAGAGCCUUUCUCCAUUUUGUCAAUUGUGAAAAGUCCGAUGGGUCUCAUGGUGGGAUUCAUGGUCGUGGUUGUGUUCCUAAUGCCCAAAUUGAUGGAAAACAUAGAUCCAGAGGAGAUGAAGCAAGCACAAGAGGAAAUGAGGAGACAAGGCGUACCUUCGCUCUCGAGCUUGUUGCCAGGUGCUGGGGCUAGCCGCUAA